AAGCGGAGGAUGAACGCGCAAUCUCUCGUUCGUUAGAAUGAUACAUCGAUAAGCACGACAAACGAUAUAUCGUGCAGCAUAGUGAGGAGAGAACGCGCGACAACGCAACGGCGCAGCGGAGGCGGCAGCAGCGGCAGCGAUCGCACCGCUCUCCGUGUCGUGUCGUGGCCCAACCCACUUUUGACGUGUGGCCGCUCGAGGUCUGACAGGUCCCUGAACCAUGUACCCGCGGUGAUACGAGUCGUAUUUCUUCGAACAACGUAUUCUCGUCCAACAGCCUCCGCGCGAGCACUCCUAACUCUAACGAGAGUCCGUGUCCGUGUCGCGCGUCGCCUUUGCCACUGCGUCUCAAAUGGGUAUGGAAUUUUACGCGACGACGACGACGACAACGACGACGACGACAACGACGACGAUGAGACUACGAUGAUCCGAGAGCUAUAGCGCGUCGACAUAACCUUUAAAGAGUCGCGACGACCGAGCUGUCGCUCUCUCUCUUUCUCUCUCUCUCUCUCUCUCGGAUCGUUCGAUCGUACGUUGUUCAUCCAUCCCGCUCAUUCAUCCGCUCUCGUUCGUUUGCACGGAUCACCACCGUCGUUGCGAUGACAAGAACCGUGUAAUAACGCGACUCUACACCACCGGCCUCCCGUUGAGUUUCGCUUCACACGGAAGCGACGGAAUCCCUCCCGUCUUUGGACUAUUCGUGUGUGUUCUCGGAAACGACAUCCCGGAGAACGCGGCCACCUCUCUCUACCUACUUGUGCCACACACACACACACACACACUCUACGUUCCUUCAUAUUUUAUUAUUGUGCAUCGCGUGAGUGUCGUCGUUCUCCUCUCUUUCGCUCUGCGUUCUUUACCUUAUUAUUAAAUUUACAUGCACUACGUGUUCAUCGUACUGUAUCUGACGAUGUUCAGUUUGAUUCUGUUCUGUAUACUUUUGUUCUCGCGCGACGUUAUAUCGAGGAUACAAUCUGUUUUGUAGCUUUGAGUUUUUCUCUCGUCGCCGUUUGUUGAUUAAUAAAUUUUCUUUACGCAAACUUUGUGUUUUUAUUUCGUGUAUUUUGAUGCAACACUCGCGCUUCGCCGAACCCACCAUUUUUCCUUACAUAUCAAUUCUGCACAGACAAAUUCGCACUUUUACCAAAGCGAUGGUGUACUAAGAGUUCGACAAGAGUUGGACUGAUCAAUUGACAAAAAUUCUCCAAGUUGAGAAGAUGAAUAAUCAAGCGUUCGGUUUGGCGGAGAGGCUCAUACCCUCGACCUAUGUGCAACAAGGUCUAAAUGCCAAGAAGUUUCGCGAAAAUCUCAUACGACACUUUAUUGAACACCGAAAGUGGCCGGAAGAAGGAUGGGACGACGCAACGAUAGAAGCGUUUCUGUCGGACCUCUCUCAAAUGGACAGCAAUAAUUUCCCCUCAAACUGUAGCGUCGGUGAACGCGAAGCGCGAAUCGUGUCAAACAUCGUCGCCAGACGACACUUUCGUAUGGGCCAUGGCAUAGGAAGAUCCGGCGAUCUCGAGGAGGUACAACCAAAGGCUGCUGGCAGCAGUUUAAUGUACAAAUUAACCAACUCCUUAGUGCUCGAAGUCAUACGAUACAUGGGGGUGAAGAGCAUAGCGGGUUGCUUCUUAUCGCCAAUGGCUACAGGAAUGAGCCUAGUUCUGUGUAUGUUAACGCUUAAGCAGGACAGACCACGAGCGAAAUAUGUUCUAUGGCCUAGAAUCGACCAAAAAUCUAGCUUCAAGUCUAUAAUCACAGCGGGAUUAGAACCCGUCGUCAUUGAAAUGCAAAUAAUAGGGGACGAACUGAAGACCGAUAUGCAGAGACUCGAGGCUCAAAUGGCAGCUUUGGGCGAGAGCGUCGCUUGCGUACUUACAACGACCAGUUGCUUCGCGCCCAGAGCGUGCGACUCCGUCGACGCGAUCGCGGCCCUUUGUACUCAGUAUAAUAUACCGCACUUGGUGAACAAUGCGUACGGCUUGCAGAGUACAAGAUGUAUGCACCUCAUACAAGAAGCAUCGAGGAAGGGUCGUGUGGAUGCUUUCGUUCAAAGCACGGACAAGAACUUUUUAGUUCCAGUGGGUGGUGCUAUCAUAGGUUCCUUCGAUAAGAGCCUCCUGGAUCGCAUAUCGAAGAUGUAUCCCGGACGAGCGAGCGCAAGCUCCGUCAUGGACGUAAUGAUCACGUUGUUGAGUCUUGGAAUGGCAGGGUACAAACAAUUGAUUGCUCAACGUAAGGAAAUGUAUUCUUAUUUGAAAGACGAACUAGGGAAACUGGCAACGAGACACGGCGAGAGACUGUUGGAUACCAAGGGGAAUCCGAUAUCUAUGGCUAUGACUCUCCAGUGUCUGAGUCAUCAGCAUGACAACAAGCAAGUUACUAUGCUAGGAUCCAUGCUAUUUCUGCGUAACGUUAGCGGUACUAGAGUAAUAACAACUACAGAUUCUAAGCACAUCGUUUCGCAUAAGUUUGAAGGUUGGGGAGCACACAACAGCAAUUACAGAGUUCCAUAUCUGACUGCUGCGGCAGCAUUAGGCAUGAAGAGGUCCGACGUGGAUGCGUUCAUACAAAGAUUGGAUAAAGCUUUAACAAAAGUGAGGAGGCGUUCAGCACCGGUAACGCCCACCGCUUCUCUCGCAGGCUCCAGCAUCAAUGGUGAUGCGGGUGGUACCGGUGGACCAGGAGAAUCCAGCACAGCCUCAACCAGCCGCGCGAGUAGCAAAGACAGCUUGAGAAAAUGA